GGCCAUGCUGGGGCAGCUAUAGCAUGUGGAUCUCUUCUUCUUAAAGGUGUUGAGGUUCCAGAAUCGUUAACAAAGUUCAGUAAGAAGAGAGGUGCAGCAGCUCAUAGACGAGGGAAGAGUAAGGGAAGUGUUGCAAUUGACCCUGUAGAGAUGGCAAGAGAAAAGUUUGAAAUAGCGGCAAAAGCAGGGUGUGAGCUUGGAUUCAAAUGGCUUGCAAGGUUGGAGGAGGAAGAGAGACGGGUACUCACGGAAGUUGGCCCUGUAUCUUAGGGUACAUCUUAUAGUUAAUACAAUAGGUGGCCCUGUAUCUUAGGGUACAUCUUAUAAUUAAUACAAUAGAUUUGAUUGAUGAAUGCCUAAUGUGAGAAUGUUAAUCAUUUUAAACUAUUUAGUAAAUAAGUAUGGAUAAUUUGUUAUAUUUUUAUCGGUAAGAAUUCAGAUAUUUUGA